GCCUGUCCAGCUGCCCUUCAAAACCACAGGAAACCUGCCUGAAGAUGCCACAGUAGAGUGGGAAUACUGUGAACAUGAAUACAGGAAGGUCCACGUGUAUGAGAAAGGAUCUGACCAGCCUGGUAAACAGGACGAGGUUUACAGAGGCCGAACAUCAAUGAAUGAAGACCCUCUAAAAACUGGAGACCUCAGUCUGACACUGCAAGAGCCCACAGAUGAAGACAGUGGGAGAUACAGAUGUGAAGUCAAGCAUGGCUGUCAAAUUCUCAGAACGAAAAUGCUGUUUCUCAAAGGGAGAGUUCAGGUCCAGGAUCAAACAGGGGACAUCAGGAACAGAAGCAGCUCCAUUGAUCCGACUCCUCUGAUGGCUGAUCAAUCAGCUUGAUCUGUGUGUUUGGUUAAGAGUGACGUUACUGUGGAGCUUGUCGAUCAAUCAGAAGAUGGAGAAGAGUAUCAAGUUUACAGCUGAUCUGCAUGCUGGAAGUAUUUGGAAGAAAAGCCUGGCUGACUGUUUAUGAAUGU